GGAGCAGGGAAGACUACCCUUUUACAGCACAUCCUCAAGAGUGACCAUGGCCUUCGUAUUGCUGUCAUUGUCAAUGACAUGGCAGGCGGUAUCACAGAACAAGAGCAAGUUGCUGAGACAUUUGAUGCUCGCCUUACCGAGUAUCUGGAAGAUACCAGUGAGGGUAUAGAUCAAAUACCUCUGGAAACUCUAAAAGAGAUCAAAGAACUUGGGGGUCUGGAACAGAUUGCCCGAAUUGAUACUACUGUCACCGUCGUGGAUGCUUUCAGUGUGCUCGGAGAGUUUCAAACAGAUGAGCUGGUUUCAGAUCGGCAGCAUGUCGAGAAGAAAGACCAGUGGACUAUCUCUGAUCUCAUGGCCGACCAGAUCGAGUUUGCCGAUGUAGAUGACCAUACGAAGGGUCAUAUUUUCAAAAUCGACCCGAAGCAGAUUUUGAACACGGGAUUGUUUAAUCUGGAGGUGGGCCAGACAGGAUACGGGUGGCUCCAGGAUUUGCACGCGAUGACUGUCCAAGAGGAGGACAGCGAGAUGGUAGAUGCCCUUCACACCAAGUUCCCGAUCCCCUCAAAUGAAACCAUCAUGGUCAAUAAGCGCAAUCACCCUAUUCUCUCUCCGCUCUUCAGAUCCAAAGGCGGGAUCGAUACUCCUCUCACUAGCGGCCGCCCUUGGUUCUGUACGCUUACACCUGAGGAAUACACCACUGGCGACAAAAGCGUGGAUAGGCUCGUGCAGCACGAUAUCAAGAAGGGCGGGGAGUGGGGAGACCGCCGUCAGGAGUUGGUUUUCAUAGGCGAGAACAUCAACCACAAAGGGCUCAGAGGACUACUCGAUGAUUGUUUGCCCACCGAUGAAGAAUACGACACUUGGCAAGAAAUCAUGAGAGACACUGCAAAAGAUGACGAAUCUAAGUAUGAGGCUCUGGGAAACGCUUUCGAGGAUGGAUUUCCUGAAUGGCCAGGAGAUGAUGAUGAUGGCGAGCAUGACCAUGAUCAUGGCCAUCCUCAUUAG